UGAGUUAAAACUUAGAAAACAACAUUUUUUUAGCAACCUUAGAAAACAGCCAUAUAAACAACUUUAUAAAAAUUUAAGACAUCAAAAUUUUAUAGUACAGUAUAGUUUAUUGAGAAGUUUUAUUUAUAUUUUAGACGGGUAAUUACAUAAUGACCCAGCUUGGAAGGAGUGAUCCAUUAUUGAAGAAUAUGAAAAUUUGCAUGUCGGUCAACGAAUAUAGCAUGUUCGAAAAGGGAAAACACAAAGGCCCAUUAAAAACUCUAUUUCGAAUUUGUUACAAUUAUUACAUCUCCCUGAUAAAUUAGGUUUCUUACAAUUUAGGACCAAAGAACCUCAACACACACACAGGUGGGUCGAAGAAGAAGACGAGAGAGAGGAAGAUCACACAAGCUCUGAUAAGUCAUGCGAAUCCUUGCUGCUCGCCUCGCUAACCAUUUUCGCAGAGGGAGAAAUGGGUAUCCUCGAUCUCGGGACUUCUCCUCGUUGACCAAGAAAGAGGACCUUACAUUGGAGGAAGAAGCUGAGAGGAAAAUAGGAUGGAUGCUGAAGCUUUUCUUUGCUGGGACGGCAACCUAUGUUGGAUACCAGUUCUUCCCUUAUAUGGGUGAUACUUUGAUUCAGCAAUCAGUCUCGCUUUUACAUGUGAAGGAUCCCUUGUUUAAGAGGAUAGGAGCUUCUAGGCUUUCCCGUUUCGCCAUUGAUGAUGAAAGGAGGAUGAAAGUUGUAGAGUUGGGUGGGGCUCAAGAGCUUCUUCAUAUGCUGGGCGCUGCUAAAGAUGACAAGACAAGGAAAGAAGCUCUUAAGGCUCUUGCUGCUCUCUCUAAAUCAGAUGAAGCUGCCAACUUCCUGGGAUCUAAAGGAGCACUCUCUAUCGUCAAAUCGACUCCAGAUUCCUCGGAAGAUUCAGACAUUUCAACAUACAAGUCUAACAUACUCAAGAAGCUAGAUGAUAAAGACCUCUCUGUCUCUUCCAGCUGAUGAUAGUCUUUUCAAAAAAAGUGUAGGACAAGGAUCAUAAGUGUAGGCUUAUCUCUAUAAUCCUAAGCUUAUCUUACCUCCUUUCCAAGUUAGAACUCUUGAGUUUUGUUCCAAAAGAAAGAAACGGUUUGAUUAUAUAGCUUCUAUUCUUAAUGCUGAAUAUUGUUUGAUUCCAA